UCUUGAAACUCCCGCGCAGGCGCAGUAGUCGUUUGCUACGCCCCGCCUCUCCAACAGCUGGGCAGGCUAGCAAGCCAUGGGCUGUGAAGGUAGAUGCCAGCGCGCAUGAGUUAAGUGCGUGAACUGAACAUGACCAACCCGCUAAGAUACGAAGUGCUGAACCUUUACAAAAAUCUGCUGUACCUUGGAAAGGAAUACCCCAAAGGGGCGGACUACUUUCGGACCCGGCUGAAGGCGGCGUUCUUGAAAAACAAGGACGUGAAGGAGCCUGAGAAAAUCAAAGAACUCCUUGCCCGAGGGGAGUUUGUCAUGAAAGAGCUGGAGGCGUUAUACUUCCUCAGGAAAUACCGAGCUCUGAAACAGCGUUACUACGAAGAGGAUGGCAAAUGAUGUGCAUUGCGGUUCGAAACGCUUGCCCAGGCCAUAGGUUAAAGUGGGGGGUAACCGAUCUACAAUUAAAAAAAAGUAUAGAUUGCCUAUUGAA